GAAUUUCCCUGUGCAAUGAAGCGUGUUGUCCGACUUUUAUUUGUGACAAAGCAGCGUCAGCAGAACGGGUACCUUCACACUGCCAGAAUGAAAGUCAUGAAAAGCUGUGCUGUUUGCUUAAUGUUAGCAGUAGCUGGGGUCUUCCACUACACAGAAGCGGACUUGCCAUACUGCCGGAGACUUAACAACGCUCCCCACAUGAGAGCUUAUUGUUACGAGGUGACCACAUAUGUAGACUGUAAAGACAACUGCACAUCACUGAUACUACAGCCCCAGUACGUGACAGCUGAUUGUCCAUGGGGGAAUUACGGUCACUUUAUCACAAAUACCUUGGACAACCAUUGCCAGGGGGAAAUAACGAUAGACAAAUGUGGCCUAUUCUGCAGUAACACUCCAACCAAUGGUUCGGAUAGAGUGGUAGGCUGGAACUGCUGUAAGUCGUGUGUAGAAAUAUGUGGAAGAGUCCCAACACGUGACAUCAACUUCGAGGACCGGUAUCCAGGACUUUAUCCCCGAGAUACAUCAUAAUCCAAGAGUUCCGUCCAAAUCCAAGAGUUUCAUCAUAAUCCAAGAGUUUUGUCAAAAUCCAAGUUUCGUCCUAGUCCA